AUGAACGACGUUGAUGUCGGAUUCGUUGAUCACGUCAAUGAGGAGGAUGUUAAAGUCCAUCCGGUGGCCAACCCUGUGGUCCAGACGCAAAUGCUGGAGGCCAUCAGAAAGCUCUCGGAGCACUGGGGCGAAGAAAACUUCGACGCAAUGUGCCGGGACUUCGAGAACCAGGAGACAGCAAUCCCCAGCGGAUCGCACGCGGAAUUCGUUUCCCAGACAAUCCGCCGACCUGGAAGCCCACCAAAAAGCUCUCGGACGACAUCGAGCAACUCGUCGAUCUCGCCAAAGAGAAACCUGGCAAAUAUCGCCAGUUCCUCGAAGGCAUCCAGAGUAUCCGCACUCCCGGGAGGGGAGGUGUUUUAUAUGGCAGCUAAAUUCCUGACCGCGAAGGAGCGGAUCCAAAACUAUUCCUAUGACUUCGAUCGCGAUGGACACGCCAGAUCUACAAGAAUGCCUCGUGGGGAGCCGGUCACUAUCGAAGCCCACGGUUUCCUCUGGAUUCCCGUGCUUAAGGGUAACUCGGAGGGGGAGGUCAAAAGAAACUUCAGAGAGUUCAACCAGCAGUGGCGAGAGCUGGUUGAGAACGUCAUGAAAGAUGUUCAAGUUGUCGUAACGUUAUCACUUAACGUUAAAGAGAUGAUUCGCCGGGAUUUUAGUCCCGAGUCCCACAAGAUCCUGUACCAUCCGACGUCGGCUGCCUACUAUGACGGCCAAGUCAAAUCUUUCCGGGAUGCGCCCCUCAGAGAUAUCGGGGUCAAUGCCACAAACCCGCUAGUGGUCCGACUUGGCGACCAGACCUGGACCCUUCCAGGGCUGUCGCACUUCGUGCACCUAGACCACAUCAGAGGUGACACGCAAAAGGAUCCCUCGGGAUCUUUGUAUAAUCCUCAAGAGGCCGAGCUCGGCGUGCCACUGGCCCGGGGCCUUCUAGACAGAGGCGUCCGGGAUAUCCUGGUCAUGUCCCCGUACCGCGCUCAAGUAGCGCUAGUACAAAGAGUCUGGGAGCUGAGGAAUCCCGAAGUACAGACGCGGCCCAGGAUCCAGACCGUGGACGCAUCCCAGGGAUCUGAGGCAGACGCCGUGAUUGUAUUGAUCACGCGUAAUUUUGGUUUAGCAGGCUUCCUCCAGUCCAGCAAGAGGACCAACGUUAUGUUGUCCUCCUGUGCGCGGAUAGCCCAAUACGUUGUGGGAAACUGGAUCUUGGUCGGUAGUCGGACGUUUAAGGACUCCGGCAAAUUUUACACCUACCUGGACAAGGCUGAGCGUGUCCUGGACGAGGCGGAUGUGUAUGCCAUCGUUUCCCAGUAG